AUGAUACGAGACUUGUUCGCCCCUUCGGGCCUCCUGCCGCUACUGCUGUCGUCCCCGGCCGCGGCCACCCUGCUCUAUGCGUCGUCAUACAGCGGCGCCAUCACCACGCUCAAUUUCACCCUGUGCGCCAACCACGCCACGCAGUCUACCCUGCUGCCCAUUUCGUCGUCCGACGGCUGCGCUCCCAGCCCGUCCUGGCUGACCCUCGACCCAGUCAACUCCCGGCUCUACUGCACGGAUGAGGGGCUGACCACCAAUGUUGGCACCGUCUCGUCCUUCGUCACCGGCCCCAACGGUGUGCUCCAGCAGUUGGCCAAGACGGAAACCAUCAGCGGUCCCGUCAGCGCCGUUGUCUAUGGCGACAGAGGCCAGGGCCUGGCUGUCGCCCAGUACGGUGGCUCUUCCGUGAGCUGGUUCGACAUUUCCAGCCCAGCCGCCCUCACGGCGAUCAAGUCCGAGACUUUCAACAUGUCUGCACCGGGCCCGAACCCCUCGCGCCAGGACGCCCCACACCCCCACGAGGUGUUCCUCGAUCCCAAGGGCCAGUUCGUCCUGGUGCCGGACCUGGGCGCCGACCUCGUGCGCGUCUUUGCUGUUGACGGCGCCAACCUCGUCGCCGUUGACUCUCUCACGGCCGCCCCCGGCAGCGGACCUCGCCACGUCGAGUUCCUCGUCACUCCCGAGGGCAAGACGUACCUGUACCUUAUCAGCGAGCUUGCCAACUCCAUCACCGCCUACGACGUUACCUACCGCGAGAACAAGACGCUCGGGUUCACCGAGGUAUACUCGGGUUCUACCUUUGGCGAGGGUGCUAACGCACCUGCCGGAGCUAGCGGUGCCGAGAUUUGGAUUUCGCCCGAUGGCAAGUUCCUGACCGUCUCUUCGCGCAACGACUCGGCCUUCACCAUCGGUAACCCUGACGCCGGGAGCGGCGGCGUGCAAAUCCCCUCCGACUCUCUCAACAGCUUCAGCAUCGACGAGCAGACCGGCGCGCUCACGCUGCUGCAAACCUUUCCCGCGGGUGGCCGUAUACCCCGGCAGUUCUCUGUCAACAAGGCCGGCGACCUCGUCGCCGUCGGUUUACAAUCGGACAGCCGCGUCGUCAUCAUCAGCCGCAACGCCACUUCGGGCAAGCUGGUCGACAUCAUUGCGAGUAGCAAGGUCGAGGGCGAGGUCACAGCCGUCAUAUUUGGCGAAUGA